AAGAUACCCCCCCCCCUCCUCCCUCCCUCGCUCCCGACAGCCCGGACGCUCAAAAUGUCCAAUCCAGCGCCCGAGUACCUGCGCUUCACGGGACAUCGGUCCUUUGCGCGGCGGCUCACCAUCUCGACGCUCACCGGCCGGCCCAUCCACAUCUCCAAGAUCCGCAGCUCAUCACCGACAAACCCAGGCCUCGCCUCGCAUGAAAUCUCCUUCCUGCGGCUCCUCGAGGCCGUCACCAACGGCUCCUCGAUGCAAAUAUCCUAUACGGGCACCACCAUCACGUACCACCCGGGCCUCAUCUCGGGCACCAUUGCGGGCCAGGGCGCCGUCGAGGGCGAUGUUAUCGAGCACCACAUCCCGGACUCAUGCACCCGCGGCAUCACCUAUUUCCUGCUGCCGCUGUGCCUGCUGGCGCCCUUCUCCAAAGCGCACAUGAACGUGCGCUUCUCGGGCCCCGGCGUCAUCACCGCCGCGACGGAGACGGGCGACGUCUCUGUCGACACGUUCCGCACCGCCGUCCUGCCGCUCCUGGGGCUCUUCGGCAUCCCCCCCGCGCGCAUCGAACUGCGCGUGCUGUCACGGUCGUGCGCCGGGCCCGGCGGCAAGGGCGGCGGCGGGUGCGUCGAGCUGCGCUUCGCCAGCCAGGUCCGGCUGCCCAAGACGCUGCACCUGAACCGCAGCCCCGGGAGGAUAAAGCGCAUCCGCGGCGUCGCGUACUGCACCGGCGUGUCGGCGUCCAACAACGCCCGCAUGAUCCACUCGGCCCGCGAGGUCCUCAACCCGCUCGUCUCGGACAUCCACGUCGCGGCGCAGUACGACCAGGCCCCGCUGGUGCCCACGGACAAGUCGGGCAACAAGCGCCGGCUCGGCAUCGGUUUCGGCCUUAGCCUUGUCGCCGAGUCGAGCUCCACGGGCGUGCUCUACUCGGCAGACGUGGUCGUGCCGCCGUCGGGUGGCGUUGUGCCCGAGGACAUUGGCAAGCGGUGCGCCUACCAGCUGCUGGAGCAGAUCGAACAGGGUGGCUGCGUGAGCCAGGUGUCGGCGGGCGCCGUGCUGAUACUCAUGGCCAUGGGGUCAGAGGACGUGGGCCGGCUACGGAUAGGAAGGGAAGUCAUCGGGACGGAGGACCUGGUCGGCUUGGCGAGAGACCUCAAGACGUUUGGUGCGAGCAGCUGGGGACUGCGAGACGUCGAGGACGAGUCGGGCGACUUGGUCGUUUCAGUAAAGGGCACAGGCGUAGGGAACGUGGGUAGGAAGAUAGCGUAAUCAUAAGCUGACAUGGUGC